UAGGAAGAAACGUCUUCCUCUUUUCCCCCCGCCCCUUUGAAACUCCGGUGAGCGUCGAACAGUCGAUUCCCCCUUCGCUUCGCGUUCCGAUCGGGAGAUCCCCGAGCUCCGGUACCGGUUCCGGCUACCGAUGGCGCCGAGCUUCGCGGACCUCCAGCUGUCGCGGCUCCACGGCGGCGGCGCCGCCGCCGCCAACGCCGGCGGGGAGGACCUGGAGGGGGGCGGCGGCGACCUCGAGGACGUGAGGCUCCUCGACUCGUACGAGGACAACUCCCCGGGGAGCGCCGGGGAGGGAGGGAUGAGGAUGGUUCAGGUGAGGGUGACCGGGAUGACCUGCGCCGCUUGCUCGAAUUCCGUGGAGGAAGCUCUCCGGGGCGUCGACGGCGUCUUGCGAGCCUCCGUGGCCCUGCUGCAGAGCAAGGCGGACGUUGUCUACGAUCCUGGUUUGGUCGAGGAAGUAGACAUCAAGAAUGCAAUUGAAGAUGCAGGUUUUGAGGCAGAGAUUCUGCCUGAACCAAAUUCUUCAAAAACAAAGCAGCAAAAAACUCUCUUGGGUCAGUUCACUAUCGGAGGAAUGACCUGCGCAGCCUGUGUUAAUUCUGUUGAAGGUAUCUUGAGAAGUCUUCCUGGUGUCAAGGGAGCAGUAGUUGCAUUGGCGACAUCAUUAGGUGAAGUUGAGUACGAUCCUGCCGUAAUAAGUAAAGAUGAUAUAGUUGAAGCGAUUGAAGAUGCUGGUUUUGAAGCUUCACUGGUGCAGAGUAGUCAACAGGAUAAGAUCAUUCUUGGUGUCACUGGGGUAUUCAGUGGGAUGGAUGUGCAUUUUCUAGAGGGCAUACUAAGCAGCUUAAAGGGUGUUAGACAAUUUCGCUUUGAUGGGACGUCUGGAGAACUCGAUAUUCUCUUUGAUCCUGAAGUUGUGACCUCCCGCUCCUUAGUUGACUCAAUUGAGGAAGCGAGCAGUGGCAAGUUUAAGUUACACGUGAUGAGCCCAUAUUCAAGGAUGACCUCUAAAGAUGUUGAAGAAACAGCUAACAUGUUUCGGCUUUUCACAUCUAGCUUAUUUUUAAGUAUUCCGGUCUUUCUCAUUCGGGUAGUUUGUCCUCGAAUACCAAUGGUCUACUCUCUACUGCUAUGGCGUUGUGGACCUUUUUUAAUGGGUGAUUGGUUGAAGUGGGCAUUGGUGAGCGUCGUGCAAUUUGUGAUCGGCAGGCGUUUCUAUGUUGCAGCCGGCAGAGCUCUGCGCAAUGGUUCAACUAAUAUGGAUGUCUUGGUUGCAUUGGGAACUUCGGCAUCUUACUUCUAUUCUGUUGGUGCACUUCUUUAUGGUGCACUUACUGGGUUUUGGUCUCCUACGUACUUUGAGACAAGCUCCAUGCUGAUAACUUUUGUACUCUUGGGGAAAUACUUGGAGUCUCUUGCAAAAGGGAAAACAUCUGAUGCCAUCAAAAAGCUUGUGGAACUUGCACCUGCAACAGCAUUGCUGCUUGACAAGGACAAAGGAGGAAGGUGUAUAGGUGAACGAGAAAUAGAUGCUUUGCUGAUUCAGCCGGGUGACAUAUUGAAAGUUCUGCCUGGUACAAAGGUUCCUGCUGAUGGCACGGUAGAAUGGGGAUCUAGUUAUGUUAAUGAGAGUAUGGUAACUGGUGAAUCUGUCCCUGCUCUGAAGGAGGUCAAUUUGUCAGUCAUUGGAGGCACAAUCAAUUUACACGGUGCCCUUCACAUUCGAGCUACCAAAGUAGGAAGUGAUGCGGUCUUGAGUCAGAUCAUUAGCUUGGUUGAGACAGCACAGAUGUCCAAAGCUCCUAUACAGAAGUUUGCUGAUUUUAUUGCUAGCAUCUUUGUCCCCACUGUUGUUGCUUUGUCCUUUUUUACAUUUUUGGGUUGGUAUGUUGCUGGCGCUUUUGGAGCUUAUCCAGAAGAGUGGCUGCCAGAUAAGAGCAAUUACUUUGUUCUUGCCCUGAUGUUCGCAAUAUCAGUAGUAGUUAUUUCUUGCCCUUGUGCCCUUGGGUUGGCAACACCUACUGCUGUGAUGGUGGCAACAGGGGUUGGUGCUAACAAUGGUGUGUUGAUAAAAGGUGGAGAGGCUUUGGAGAGUGCCCAGAAGGUUAAGUAUGUAAUAUUCGAUAAAACAGGCACCCUUACACAGGGGAAAGCCACUGUUACAACGGCAAAAGUUUUCAACGAGAUGGACCGCGGACAGUUCCUCAAUUUGGUGGCUUCUGCAGAGGCUAGCAGUGAACAUCCUCUGGGGAAAGCAAUUGUGGAGUAUGCUCGCCAUUUCCAUUUCUUUGAUGAUCCUUCUGAAACUGAUGACGCUACAAACUCCAAGGAGUCAAAGAUUUCUGGAUGGCUCCAGGAUGUCACAGGGUUUUCUGCUCUUCCAGGAAAGGGAAUUCAGUGCUUUAUUGAAGGGAAGCGAGUACUGGUUGGCAAUCGGAAGCUGUUGGCUGAAAGUGGAAUUGCCAUUCCAACUCAUGUGGAAAAGUUUGUUGUAGACCUUGAAGAAAGUGCAAAAACAGGCAUACUUGUUGCAUCUGGUGAUGCCUUGAUCGGUGUUCUGGGGGUUGCAGAUCCGCUGAAAAGGGAAGCUGCUGUGGUUAUAGAAGGUCUCAAGAAGAUGGGUAUAAGGCCUGUAAUGGUGACAGGGGAUAACUGGAGGACAGCUCGGGCUGUUGCCAAGGAGGUCAGCAUAGAAGAUGUGAGGGCGGAGGUAAUGCCAGCAGGAAAAGCGGAAGUUAUUUGCUCAUUCCAAAAGGAUGGGAGUAUUGUUGCUAUGGUUGGUGACGGAAUCAACGACUCUCCUGCUCUAGCUGCUGCGGAUGUGGGCAUGGCUAUUGGGGCAGGGACUGACAUAGCAAUAGAAGCUGCCGACUAUGUUCUUAUGAGGAACAACCUAGAAGAUGUGAUUACAGCCAUUGAUCUAUCUAGGAAGACCUUUGCACGAAUCCGCUGGAACUAUGUCUUCGCAAUGGCCUACAACGUGAUUGCGAUACCGGUUGCGGCCGGUGUUUUCUUCCCUUGGUUGAGGAUAGUGUUGCCGCCGUGGGUGGCUGGUGCGUGCAUGGCUUUCUCGUCUGUGAGUGUUGUGUGCUCUUCUUUACUCCUUAGAAGAUACAAAAAGCCCAGACUCACGACUAUUCUGGAAAUAACUGUAGAGUAGACAAGAAAGGAGAAUAAUAGAGAGAUUUUUCAGAGGGGAAAAAAAAAGAAAGGAAAUUGCGGGGAUAAGAAUGUUGUUGUAGCUUUCAGCUUAGUGAGUGAGGACACAAAAUGGGAUACAAUGUGUGUGAAUGGAAAUGAGUAUCCCAAUUUUGUGCACUUUUUAAAUAUUCUUUUCACUUUAUGAUGAUGGGGGUGUAAUUUUUCCACCCCACUGAAUGUAAAUGUCACAUGCAUAAAAUAUACUGUAAAUUUUUUUCUCUC